UCCCCCCUCCCUUCUCUUAAAGCGCCCGCGCAGGGGAUUAGCAACUUGUCCCGCCGUGCAGCCAAGUAGUUUCUUUCGCUUCUCCCCCUCCCCCAACACGCCGCCCCUCAUUGGCUUUUUUUAUUUUUUUCCGCCUUCCCUAUGUGGAGGACGAAUAUUCCUCCCCUUUCCCCGGCCGCCUGGCCCUUUAAGGAGGCCCCUUUAAUUCCUUUCUCUGGCUCUUGCCUCCUUGUUUGGCCAUUCGGGGCCCACCCCUUCUCCUCCAAGAGAGGGGGAGCAAGGCUGCAAGUGUCUCGGCCUCCUGCCCUCCUGGGCCAGCCUCUUCCGCGUCUUCCUUCCUUCUCCACGCACAGCCUGACCCUCUUCACCUUCCCGUGAGGACUGAUGGCAUCUGGCGUCGAGCUUCUUCGCUUCCAGCUCCCCGGCCACGAGGCGGCCACCCUUCGCAACAUGAACCAGCUCCGCUCGGAGGAGCGCUUCUGCGAUGUCACCAUCGUGGCCGACAGCCUCAAGUUCCGGGGCCACAAGGUCAUCCUGGCUGCCUGCUCCCCUUUCCUGAGGGACCAGUUCCUCCUCAACCCUUCCUCUGAGCUCCAGGUCUCCCUUAUGCACAGCGCCAAGAUCGUGGCCGACCUGCUACUCUCGUGCUACACCGGCGCCCUGGAGUUUGCCGUCAGAGACAUCGUCAACUACCUGACCGCCGCCAGCUACCUGCAGAUGGAGCACGUGGUGGAGAAGUGCCGGAAUGCUCUCUCCCAGUUCAUCGAGCCCAAAAUCAGCCUCAAGGAAGACUCGGCGAAGUUCGGAGGCCACCGGAGGUCCAAGUCCCCCAGCGUAGUGGGCUGCUCCACCUCGUCCCGCAAAGAACAUUCACGCAAGAGGUCCAUGCCACGGCCCAUCAAGCUGGAGUUCCCGAUGGAGGAAGACCUGGAGAUGAAGGCGGAGGAUGAAGAUGAGGAGCAGGACGACGACUAUGGGGACGACGACGCCGUCUCCGACAUCUGCAUCGUGAAAGUGGAGUCCGCCCUGGAGGUGGCGCAGCGGCAGAAGAAGCAGCAGGCGGGAACCACGUGGAGCAAAGAUAUGUCCCCGCAGCAGAGCUGGAGCAAAGAACCUUCUCCCCAGCAAGCUUGGGGCAAAGAGUCUUCUCCGCCACCCGGCUGGAGCGAGGACGCGUCCGGAGACCAGGAAGAACCUCAGGUCAACUCGACGGUGGCGGAGGCCAUGGGCUCCCCUCCAGAGUCGACACCGGAGAAGUCCCAGCAGGGGGUGGUGAAGGCUUCCUACAGCCUCUCGGAGGACGCUGAGGGCGAAGGCCUUCUCAUCAUCCCCGGCGGAGGCUACUUGGAGGAGACCAGCGAGGCGGCGGCCGUUGCAGCAGAAUGCCAGAGCAGCGGCGGAGGGAUGGGGCUGGUGCUGGCCGGACUGAGCGGGCGGCCUUUCUCCACCUUCCCUUCGGCAGGGAGAGGCGGCGGUUCGGGGACGCCGGGGGGUGGCGGCGGCGGCUCGCGGAUAAUUCGCUGCACCAAGUGCGAGGAGGUGUUCCAGGGGGUGGAGAAGCUGGUCUUCCACAUGCGGGCGCACCACUUCAUCUUCAUGUGCCCCCGCUGCGGCAAGCAGUUCAACCACAGCAGCAACCUCAACCGGCACAUGAACGUCCACCGCGGCGUCAAGUCGCACUCGUGCACCAUCUGCGGCAAGUGCUUCACCCAGAAGUCCACGCUGCACGACCACAUGAACCUCCACAGCGGCGAGAGGCCGUACCGCUGCUCCUACUGCGACGUCCGCUUCGCCCACAAGCCCGCCAUACGGCGCCACCUCAAGGAGCAGCAUGGGAAGACCACGGCCGAGAACGUCAUGGAGGCCAACGUGACCGAAAUCAACGUCCUCAUUCGCUGAGGGAGGAGGAGGAGGAAGAGGAAGAGGCGGAGUCGCAGCGGCAGGAAGUGGAAAGGGAGGGGACUCCUGAGCUCCAAGGGAGGGAAGCGGGGUGUAGCGGUUAGAAUGUGGGGGCUGCGAGCCAGGAACCCCUUGAGGGUUGUUUUUUUGGGGUAGGGACUAGGUUUAGUGUCUUAGUUUGCUAGAGGGAUGGAAUUCCUGGAUUAUUCAGAAGGGAAUGAGGGUGGGCAGGGAUAGAGGAUUAGAGAAGCGUAAAUCACAUGGGAAGCGUUUGCUCCUGGGUUGCCUGGGAGGUGUGGGGAGGGGGUCUAGUUAGUCAGGGGAGGGAGCUGUGAGGAUACCGGAUUGCUUGGAUCUGUUCUCUUCUUCCGCAGUGCCCCAUCCCUCUGUCCUUUGUGCCCAGUUACCAGAAACCACUACCUCUUUUAUAGCCCGGACCUAUCUCAGCAGCCAAAGAACUACUUUAAAAGGCCAUUGAAGAAACAACACGGUGUCUGUAGGGAGGGUGAAUUGCAUCAAGAGACAGCAAGCACUGCCCUAAGCCUGCCCCCCUUUGUCCUUCAGUAACUACGCAGAGCUGGGUGGGUGCAAAUUCACCCAGGAGCCUGCAGAGGGGAGCCAGAUGUGGCCCUAAGCCUCCCAGUGACCGUAGCUGUGACAGGGAAGUUGGCAGUGAUCUUGUUCUCCCAUGUCAAUUCGCCGCAAGAGCCAGACCCCUACACACACACGCACACAAAAGUCUCUACUGUGUAGUUUGACUUCAGAAACCGGUUAGUCUUGGGGCACAUUUUGAUCCAAAUAACUGAGAAGC